CUCUCUCUCUCUCUCUCUCUCUCUCUCUCUCUCUCUCUGCGUGGAGAUGCGUCCCCAAGCUGCUCGAACAUGCGAAAUCUGCGAGAAAGCGCAGUCAAGAUACAAGUGCCCCUCUUGUCUUGCUCCUUACUGCUCUCUUUCGUGUUUCAAGAAGCACAAAGAGACUCCAUGUGCUAAGCCCUCUUCAAACGAGGAGAAACCAGCGGCAGCUCCACUGAAGGAAGUCCCGGUGGAAAGGCCAGUACACGUCGAGGAAGCCAGCCAAGUUGUACAAAAGACACAGCUGGAAGCUUUAGCUUCUUCGAGCGAAGUAUGUGAAGCUCUAAAGGACGAAUCCCUCCAGAAGCUCAUUCGCGAUAUCGAUAGUUCGUCUGACCCUUUACUUGAACUCGACAAAGCCAUGGGAGUGGAGGCUUUCCGCGUAUUCACCGAUAAGGUUCUGUCGCAUAUUUCCUCGUGAUCAAGACCGGUAGGCAUAGCUGCAGAAUUGUUUGUGACAAUGGCUGCUUCUGAUAUUGGUGGACAGUUCAGGAGCUGAAGACGGGUAAUUUUUCCGUGUGAACUGAAACUUGUAAAUGAAGUUAUGCCAACAAAGAAUGUAUGGUUUUGGGUCUUUAGAUUAGGAAUCAAUGUCGGGUUUGAUGAGCCGUGAGACACAGUUAAGUACUUGCUAUAACUAUAGAUCAUAAUAUGGUCAGUCAUGUAAACCCGACUUCUAAAAUCCAACUGCGUCUACUAAAUUUUACGUAUCGAAA